UAUCUGAAGUUCCAGCAAAUUUAUAUGAUACACAUUUAUUCAAAGAAUCAGAAUUUCAUUGGUUAUCAAUUUUUAAUGGAUAUUUGGAAGAUGAGAAGAUAUCAUUUUUCUUGUUGGUAGUGAGAAGUAACAAAUUGGUGCUAGUAGAUAUGUGCUUUCAGCCGCAUCGCCUUACUUUAAUACGAUGUUUUAUGGUGGCUUUAGUGAGUCAGCAAGCAAAGAAGUUAAAUUAUAGAAUUAGAAGAUGUUCGACCAGAGGCAUGCCGGGUGUUUCAUCAAUGGCUAUAACUGAUAUCUAUGGUGCUGACGCACUCAAAGAUAAAGUGGAAGAUACUAUUAUAAGAAGUUAUGUUAAUGUUCAUAAU